AAUUGCAAUUUUUCAGAGGAAUGAAAGUUAAUUGGUUCUCAAUUUUUUAAAAUUCAUGAUAAUUUGAUUGUUGAAUUCACUCUGCUCGUUGGGCAUGGCUGCUCUGCUGUACUUUGAUGAAAUCAAUCCUUGAACAAUUGACAUCCUUCUCACUACCCAUAAUGCUUUUCCUGCCUUUCCUUUUGGUUUUUGCUUACUUAUAUUUAAGCUAUAACUUAGUUUUAAUUUUGUGAUUGAUUUCUCUAUGUUUGAUAUGAUUGUCCUUUUGUUUUGAAACUUUUUACAAUCUUUAUUCUUAAAACUUGAAAUCUGUUGUUGAGUGUGGAAGGGUUUGAACUUUGAAGCCUAGCAAAAAAAACUGUAAUUUAGAGGUUCUUACCUUUGCUUUAUUUGAAUUCAAACAAUUCGAUAAUGGAAUCUAAUUAGCUUUUCCUUAUUAAGGAUUUGUGUUUUGUAUGAAAUCCAAGGGGGUGAAGUGCAGAGGAGGAAAUGGCAACAAUACCGAGGCCCUUGAUUUGGGAAAUAUGAAGAAGAGCAGCCCUUUUUUAGUGAGACAGUUCGGCGGAGGAUCUGGUAGUGAUCAAUUCAGCAAAGAGAGCAACAAUCUUUAACAUCUCAACCCCUACAACUACUUUAAAAUGUCCUCUCUCUCUCUCUCUUACUGUUUUGUGAAUGUGAAUGUGAAUGCAGUGGUGAAGGGUAGUCGCAAGAGAUUUCCUUCCUUCUAAGGAAAAAUGAUCAGAGUCGAUGGACGGAGAGAUCGCCACCGACAAAGAUUCCAUUGACCUCAGGUUUUAGUGCAGAGGGUUGGAUCAUGGACAAUCGAGCGGGUUAAGUGAAAAAAGUUCGAGUUUGUGCUGGUUACAGAGCAUAUCCAGUGAAACCUACUUAGAGAUGGUCCUUCUUUGAAGAAAAUCUCGGAUACCACUAAUGCUGUUGGCUCUUGUAUUUUGGAUGCUUUCUUUGUGUAGUUUUGUUUGUUUCAAGCUUAUCUUAGAGGUCUUUCAGGUUUUUUGGGUUUUAAUGCUUGCAUUUAGUUUGAUGGCCUUCCUGUUAAAUUGCUGGGCAGGAGUUACAUCAUUAGCAAAGCAUUUCUUGGGUCAAUUUUACAUUGUUGCUGCUGUGUUACCUGUUUAUAAUCCAUUAUGGCAAUCUUCCAGUGGAGCAAUGAGAUGAGUUUAAAUUUUAUGGUGAAGUCUUACUGAUUUUCACAGGGUAGAGAAUUAGGCAUGUUUGUUGGUUCAGGGAUGACUUUAUGUAAUCACAAGUUUUGUUGGUUCUAUAUAGCAAACUUGCUGCAACUUAUGAUGCCAUGGGUAGAUAGAUAACUGUUAUCUCCUCCAACAUGGCACCAUUCUUUUUUUUUUU